AUGCCCAUGCCAUGCAGUAUAAAAUUAGUCUCUUCGCCUUCGACUUUUAUGGCUCUCAACAAUGUGUACAUGUCUUGCACAAUAAGCUCAUGCCAAGAUGUCAUUAUGUACACCAUUGUUAUUGUUGCCAUUAUUGACGCCGUCAUUUUCAUCGAUCACUCUCUCUGGCUUGAGGAGAGCCUCGAGAAGCAUUUUAGAUGUGAAUUUCAACUCAUGAGCCAUGUCCGCAAUGGCGAUUGUACUUUCUGCAUCUGCCACUUGGAGUUUUUUUUUUUUUUUUUUUGCUCACAUUCUGCAAGUUCUUGUCUUGUAGAGUGCGCCGCCAUUGAAGACUGUGCAUUCAAAGCUUUUAAAACAACCUCAUGCAAAAUGAACAUCUCCAUUCUCACAAUUCCAUUGCAACAUUGCAGCCUCAUUCCUCAUUCAUUGAGCAUUCUUGAAUUAGCCAUUGCUAAACACACACGCAGAAAAAAGUCUUCAAUCGAGCCAACAGUAUCAAAGUGCUCUUUGGGUGUGUACUUAAAAGGCCUGCGCUCCAAUUAA